AUGUUUAUAGAAAUAAGAUCCUUAAUUAAUGAAGCAAGUGCUCAAAUUCCUAAAAAGAAUAUUGCUUUAGUUCACAAACACAAUUAAUUAAGACAAAUGAAUUUGAUAUAGAAGAAAACAUGCGCUUCGUCCAUCCAAUAUUCUAUGUUCCAAUCAGAUUUUGGCACUUUUGAUUAUUAGAUUGUCCCUUAAGAGAGUUCAGAUUCUGAGUCCAUCAUCUCCUCGCCUUCCUAAUACCCUUCCUUGCAUUUAGUUGCUUCUUUAUUCUUUCUAAAUGCUUAAUAUUCUUAGAUACCUUGUUCAACUGUUCUACAGGAUGGAUUGAAAUCAAAAUUGAUUGUUAAAAACAUAGAUAAAAAUAUAGAUUUAGUUAAAGUUUAAGAGUUUAUUGAAGCAUUACCAAUUAAGGGAUUUGUCUUAGAAUUUAAACUUAUAUAUUAUUAAUCAAAUCCUUGUAUUAUAUUUUAUUUGAAAACCGACUAACCAUUAAUUGUUUUAAAUUAAUUUGUGAAUAAGUCAAACUCUAAGAUUGCUAAAUCAAUUUUUGGUUACAAGUUUAGUUGUGCAUAAUUGAUAAAAAAUAAUUAAGAAUUUGCAGCAGUCAUCAUAAGAGGAUUAGAUGAUAAUUUAAAUGGAAGUCAAAUAGAAAAGAUUAUUUGCUAUACUUUGAAUAUGGAAUAAAACUAAUGUAUCAUUGAAGGCUAGAAAACAAUUAUUGAAAUUGAAAAUGUUGGCUGCAUGGUAUUUGUAUUGAAAGAUCUGGAAUAUUGUGAACGAGUAGUUGUGUCUUUAAAUGGAACUAAUUUGAAUGGAUUAUAAAAAAAUAAAAUAUUAGUUAAUGUUCAUCCUGAGUCUGUGAAAAUCAGAAAAGUUGAUUUUGAAUCUUCCAUCUAAAAAGGGUUGCUGUAGAAAUAUACAAAACACAACGAUAAGGAUAUGAAAUGA